CCCAGGAGGCGGGUCGGGCAGCAGCUCAGACAUGGCUAACGGCGGUGGCUGGCGGCCGCCGCGCCCGUGCGAGGCCUACCGCGCGGAGUGGGAGCUCUGCCGCAGCGCCGGGCACUUCCUGCGCCACUACUACGUCCACGGAGAGCGGCCGGCCUGCGGGCAGUGGCGGCGGGACCUGGCCAGCUGCCGCGAGUGGGAGGAGCGCCGCAGCGCCGAGGCCCAGCGGUCCCUCUGUGAGAGCGAGCGGGCAAGAGUCCGGGCCGCACAGAAGCAUGGCCUGGUGUGGACCCCCAGGCAGAGCCCCCCUGCAGACUGGCACCUCCCUCUGCCUCAGGACAAGGACAGCUGACCAGCGCUCUGUAUGUCUCACACCCCUACCGCUGUGAUUGACCUCGACCAUCCAGUGGGUCCCUGAGAGCCCUGCCUCUGGCCUCACCUGCUGCCGCACCUGAACCGGUGCACCCAGUGCACAUCUUCCAGGCCACAGGCAGCACUGCCAAUCCUGCGGGAGGUGGUCAGGCUGGCUGUGCUCCCCUGGGGAUUGUCCCCCACCCCAGGGGCUGCGUUCUGGGGGGCAGGAGGGGAGAGGAUGGGCUACCAGGGCUCCACCUGGGCCCUCCUUGCUCUGGACCUCGUGGGUGAACUCUCCAGAGGUAGCCUUGACCCAUGUGGACAUGCAAGGAGCAAAAUAAGGUGGCCAAGUAGCCUCGCCUGGCUCUGGUUCGGUGCCGGCCCCGCUGAGGCUCCUCCCUCAGCCCCUCGGCAGCACAGGUGGGCCCCCCAGGGCCUUUUGGAGAUGCUCAUGGCUCCAGGAUGGGAUGCACACCCUUGUGUGAACUGGGUUUGUGAACUUUGGUCUUCUUCCCUCCUCCUUUCCCUGGUCACUUUUAGAAAAUGCGGAGUAUAUCAAAGGACAUUUCACUCGUUUGAGUCCAGAUAGAAGCUGAAAAUUCAAUCCAGGUUAACUGCUGAGAUAGUUCGAUGUGGUACCUGGCCUCAUGCUCAUGCAGGAUGAGAGUUCUGCGUGCUUGUGUUCCUGCUGGUGUUUGUGAAAUAGAUGCAGGUGAACUGACGGAGGUGCCUCUGUUACUGACAAGAGCCCCUCCCUCACGCCACAGCCCUAGCCCAGCCACAGGGUAAUCUGUCACUUCAGAGGGGUGUGCAUUAAAGAACAAAUUGUCCUGUCAUGUGGCUUCUCUACCAGGUGCCUUAGAGCCCUCUGUGACUGCUUGUGUACCUGGGAGUAGUGGAGGCCGUGCACGUGGGGCCCUGGUCAUCUGCCCUGUGUGUCCACCUGAGUGUGCGGAGGGGAGCCAGGGUCCCCCACCCCAGGGGCUGUGUGCCGGGGGGCAGGAGGGGAUAGGGUGGGCUGCCAGGGCUCCACCUGGGCCCUACUUGCUCUGAAGCCCCGGCAGGGACACAGGAGCCUUGCAGUCGCACAUGUGCCUGGAAUCACAGCAGCUCCUCACUGCUUCCUGGCGCAGGGCUGGGCAACAGGAGGUGCCGGAGCGGCAGCCAGGGCAACAGUCUUGAGGGGCACCUCUCGCAGAGCCCCUGCCAGGUGAGGGCCGCGGGCUGCCAGCACCCAACGCCCCGUUAGAAGUCCUGUUCCUUCUUGGAUACCCAGUGGGUUCCACACCACUGAUGACCGUCAUUCUGGAGAAUAUUCCCACACCCUCCCCUGUCCACCCCUGGUGUCUGCACCCAUGACAGGACCAGAGAGUCCAGCAGAGUUGAGGGAACAGAUGUGAACAUUCAAACAUCAGCUGUGAGGAAAAUGGACAGAGUGACAAGGAAGAGCAAAUUCUUUCAGAUUCUUGGGACCAAGCCCGUGAUAACGAGUGUUUUACGUUGUGACCUGGUGUGUCCUGUGACAUACUGCAUGUGUCACUGGAACUGGUGUCCCAGCGCUGCACUGGCCUGCGCCAUGGGGAGCCGGCAGCUUGGGUCUGCUGCAUGUGCCACCCCUCAGAGCCACAUUCUGGAUCCACAGGGUCAUACAUAUGGUUCCAUUACAUAAUACCAUGAAAUGAUACAGAGAUGGGAAGGCUAUGGGGUCAAGGGUCAGGGCUGGGAGAUGUCCUGAGGUGCCUGGACCAUGGGGUAGUUGUAUGGGACCACACUGGGAUAAGAUAGACGCGGGCCACCAUGGCCAGGAGUCUGAACACACGGUGUAUAAGAUGUGACACUGGGGGAGCCACACACUGACCGCCCUGUGUGGUAAUGUCUAAUCUGUUGGAAACUUGUAAUUACUCCUAAAUAAAAGGUUAAAAUGAAA